GAGGAUUGCCUCGCCGAGAGCGCGCUGCUUGCGCUUUCUUCCAAACCACAUCCACACUCACCUCCUCCGCAGCCCGUACAUACCUCCGCCAUGCUCGUCGACAAUCCGCUACAAUCAGGCUUUAGCCUCAACUCGUCUUUUGAAGACUUCUUCAACAUGGACCUCCUCGCAGGCCCCUCGCACGCCGCAGGCUCGAGCUCUAGUGGCUCGUCGCCCCGUUCAGACGGCUCGCCCUCCGACUCCUUCUCUGGUCUCCCGCCGACCCCUCCGAACCCCUACAUGCCCGAUGUCGCCCUUAACUCCAACCCGUAUCUCGACUUCCCCCUUGACGACGAUUUCUCCAAGCUCGACCUCCCCAUGCCCCUCGCAGCGCCCGGCUUCGACUUCAUGGGCGCCUUCACCAGCGCUGCGGCGCAGAUGGCCAGUCCUAGCGACUCGGGCUCAGGUGCAUCGUCCUCGACGUCGGGCACGUCGCCAACAAGCAUCGACCCGCAGUUGGUCACCUCUCCCACGGGUCCCCGACCCGUGAGCGAGUUUGGUGAAGGCGACGAAGGGGACGAUGACGAGGACGGGGACCUAGAUGACACAGCGAGUGCUAUGAACGAUGCCCUAGAUGAUGAGCUGUCGCUCGCACCGAUGAAGGUCGGUGUCGGGCGGAGUGUCAAGCGCGCCGGGAGCGAGAAAAAGGAAAACAAGCCGGCGAACAUGCUCUCGACCACGUCGGCCGACCCUGAAGACUGGCGACCCACGCCGGAGGAGUACAAGAAGAUGAACAGCAAGGAGAAACGCCAGUUGAGAAACAAGAUCAGCGCUAGGAACUUCGUAGUACAUACCACCCUUGAGGGCGACAUCGCGGAGCGUGAUCGUCUCAUCGACGCUAUUCGCACUGAGCUCGGUAGCAUGCUCUUGCUUGACGGCCGCGGCCGCGUCGACGCCCCCGUGCUCCCGCCUCCUGCUCCCAUCCCACCGCUCCCCUCCUUUCUUCCGGCCCUCUUCCAAUGGCACCCCGGCUCCGCUCCACCGAAGAGCCCGCUCGUCACGCCCAACACCCAGAAGGACCUCCCGACAUCGCCCAGACUUGGUGCGCGGGGCUUCUGGGGCGGGGCGUCGAGUCCCUUCGGUGCUGGUGGCUUCACUCCCGUGCACACCACUCUUGUGCCUGAGUGGGGCAGCGUUCUGCGGAGCCCGACGCUCCAGGAGAACAUCAACCCUGUGCUCAAUGCUGCACCGUGGCCGAGCGCCGACAAGGCUCAGCAGCAGCAACAACAGCAACAGCUCGCAACAAGCCAGCAGGCCACAGGCCCAGCAAUCGCACGCAAGCCCAAGCCCGCUUGCGAGCCCCAACUCCUCGCCCUCCGGCCUCGCGAGCGGCCUCCGCCCCACUACUUUGCCAAGUCCGGCCCGCUCUCCGCCAUCCUCUCCGGCAAGGCCGCCGUCAACGCAUACCCGACCCCGCCCAACUCGCCUCCGCUCGCGCCGUCCCACGCGCACAACCUCCAGCCCUCGAACUCGGGAAGCAAGGCUCAGCAGCCGACAGCCCAGCAAGCGAUGCUCGCCUCGAUGGCGUCCCAGACGCUUAUGGGCAAGCUCGGCUCCGCGUUCUGGGACGCGUUCGCGCGAAGCCCGCGGGUGCGCCGCGUCAUGGAGGGCAGCGCGGUCCUCAAGGUCGUCGACGUCGAGCCGCAGGAGAAGACGUCGCCCCGCGUGCCGGCGCCCCAGCCGAUGCUCGCGCGCACGAAGAAGUGCCAGUUGACGGACGUGCUCGCGGAGUCGAUGGCGAGCCUCAGUCUUGGAAGAAGUAGAUGGUCUUCGUAGUGCUAGUGCCAACAAACCUCCUUCCUCGCUCAUAUCUAUACGGCUUCUUGUCGUCCUCUCCUGUCGAUCCAGCUCUCACGAAUCCCCACUCCCCCUGCACUCUCCCUAAUCCCCGGUUCCCAUCUGUCGUCCUCCCGCAUCUCGAUCAUUGCACCCCCUCUCCCCGUUCCCGACCGCGUGCUGUGUCUCGUCGUCUUGACCCUCUUGCCCCGCGCACCGUACCGUACCGUAUUUGCGACGCCCGGCACCGCGAGUGCCGGCGUGUGUAGUUACUAGCUGUUAGCUCGUCGAAUCCUGGAAUGUUUGUUAGUCGAUAGUACCGUGUCUAUAGCCGCAAAAGAGAAACAAAUGUAGAUAUUAUUGUGCA